CCAUCCCACCUAAACUCAAUCCCUCACCGGCGAAGCACCCACCCCCUCCCACCUCCAGCUCCGAUGGCCCGCACGAAGCAGACGGCGCGCAAGUCCACCGGCGGCAAGGCGCCGAGGAAGCAGCUGGCGACCAAGGCCGCCCGCAAGUCGGCCCCGGCCACCGGCGGCGUGAAGAAGCCCCACCGCUUCCGCCCCGGCACCGUCGCGCUCCGGGAGAUCCGCAAGUACCAGAAGAGCACGGAGCUGCUCAUCCGCAAGCUCCCCUUCCAGCGCCUCGUGAGGGAGAUCGCGCAGGACUUCAAGACCGACCUCAGGUUCCAGAGCUCCGCCGUCUCCGCCCUGCAGGAGGCCGCCGAGGCGUACCUGGUGGGGCUGUUCGAGGACACCAACCUGUGCGCCAUCCACGCCAAGCGCGUCACCAUCAUGCCCAAGGACAUCCAGCUCGCCCGCCGCAUCCGCGGGGAGCGCGCCUAGGUUUUGGGUCGCCGCCGGUGAAACUGGGUAGUAGCUGCUCGUGUCUGGUGUCUUCUGUCUGUUGGUGUUGAUAUGAUGUGCCGUCUUGCCCUAUGUAGCCUGAUGCUGGAAUGAGAUGGCAAUGAAAAGUUCAGUUAUCAUCUGCUGCUAA